AUGCUGUCAAUCGAGCUAAACUUACCCUCGCUGGAAAAGAUCGACAUUGUAGAAUUUGUACAGUUCAACGGAGAACUCGAAGGUAGCCUGCAAGUCGGUCAUGGUGUGUGGGGGGGGGCGCGGGGCGCCAUGCCGCCGCCGUCAGCUAGGCUGGGCCCACGGCUGGGCGCAGCCCGGGGAACAUGUGCGGGAGAUUUUAUUUCGCGACGGGAGUACGCAUGCGCGCGGGUCGCGCCGCCGCGUUACUGUAGUCCGCAGCAGUACGCGAGACCAGCGCACCUAGACAGGUGCGUUGGCAGUAUAGCACUGACACCAGAUUGUGGUAAAGGUCACAGGGCACCACUGUUGUAUGAAAAGCUAAAGCCGCUACUUGAUAUUAAAAAAAUCCUAUUCAUUUAG